AAAAUGAAGAAUUUUUGAUGUAAACUUUAAUAUUUACGUAAAGUUUAACGGCUGUUCAUUAUUGUUAAUCUAUUACAAAAUGGAAUUCAAUGACAUUAAUACGAAACCUAGUAGUGAUUGUGAGACGACUUUCUAUGAGAAUAUGAAAAUAACCUCUGCACCUCUUCAAAGUUCUGCAAGUUCAAAACCUGAACAAACAGUGAAUGAGGAAGGACUGUAUGAGCAGUUAAGAUUAAAAAAGAAAACGCAAUUAAAAGAAGAUACACUCCAACGCAUUAAAUUGUUUAUGUAUAUUAAUUUUGCCUUGGGUAGUGUGUUAUGCGUUACAGUCAUUGCUUUGAUAAUCGUUGUUGCUGUACCAAAACACCAAGAUGUAGAUGGUGGAUGGACAAGUUGGGGAAAUUGGGUUUCGUGUAGUGAAAGCUGCGGUGGAGGAGUGCAAAGUCGAGCUCGGACAUGUUCAAAUCCAUUACCAUCACUGUCUGGGAAAUAUUGUCACGGAAGUCCCGUAGAAGUGAAAACAUGUAACAGGGAGUCAUGUACAGGUAUAUGCUUAACACAAAAUCCAUUUAUGACUUGUUUUUGUAUUUUACUAGAUGGCGGUUGGUCUCUUUGGGAAAACUGGGGAUUAUGCACUGAGAGCUGCGGUGUUGGUGUACGUACACGAUCAAGAUCCUGUACCAGUCCAACGCCUUCAUUGACUGGUCGAUCAUGUGUAGGAGAUUAUACUGAUGUUAGCACAUGUAACAGGACAACGUGUCCUCAGCACAUAGUGGCAUUCACAGCGUACAAUAUAUACCGUAAUUCGUCAGUCUUCACAGCCCUCUUGUUCCGGAACACCUACACUAACUUUGGAAAUGCAUAUAACACCACCACAGGGAAAUUUGUAUGUAACGUGCCUGGAGUGUACCAUUUUGUUGUGACUUUAACAAAGUAUUUUCAAGAUAUUGGCUUUAUAAAUGCCUAUUUAAGAAUCAAUGGCAGCACUAAGCUUUACCUGCACAUAAAUCCUGAAGACGAUAACAGCAAUGAAGUUGGAGCAUACAUGUUGACUGGUGCUGGUACCUACCAUCUAGACCGGAAUGAUGUCGUAUAUGUUUAUGGCAUUCCUAACUAUUUUUAUUAUGGUUCUUAUUCUUACUUCACUGGAUUCUUGAUAAUCCCAGAUCAAUAAAAUCAGUUCAUAAUCACUACAACAAGCUUGAUCGAUCUGUAAUCAACAAAACGAUUUACUGAAUCCUUUAAGUAAUAAUUAGAAACGAAAUUGAAGGAAAGUCUUAACUACUGAAUCAGACAUAAAAGUAUUUUAUUUUCAUAUAAAAUUUGAACUUAUAUAAUUAUGUGUGCCAAUUAUAUAAAAUAAAUAAUCUAUGCAUUGAAAAGAAAGGGAAAAUUAAAGAAAAUUGAAUUAAAA